AUGGAUAAUGGGAGCUGCAAAAAUUUCGUAGCCAUAAAAUUGGUGGAGUAUUUGCGAUUACCUACACAACCUCAUAAAGCACCUUAUUCUCUGGGAUGGGUCAAGAAAGGUCCACAAGUUCGAGUUGCUGAGUCAUGCAAAAUACCGGUAUCCAUUAGUAAGCAUUAUAAAGAUGAAGUUCUGUGUGAUAUUAUCAAUAUGGAUGCUUGUCAUAUUUUAUUUGGGCGACCCUGGCAAUAUGAUGUGGAUGUGACUUACAAAGGUAGAGAUAAUGUGAUGAUGUUUAUGUGGAAUAGUCAUAAAAUUGCCAUGGCUCCUGUUUCUCAAUUUGAGAGAUCUGAUGUAGAGAAAGGGGAGAGUUUUUUGACCUUGUCUACCAGUGAAUUUGAGAUGGAGGAAGCCUUUAAAGAAUCUGAAGUUAUUUGUCCAGUGGUGAUUAAAGGGUUGUUGACUGCAGAAAAGGAAGAUAUAGUGAUCCCUAAGGAAGUGCAGAAUAUGUUGAGAGAGUUUGAGUUGAUCUCAGAUGAGCUACCCAAUGAGUUACCACAUAUAAGGGACAUUCAGCAUCAGAUUGAUUUGGUUCCUGGAGCUAGUUUGCUAAAUCUGCCCCAUUAA